AUAUCAAUCGAUGCUUUGACUUUCUCAGCCUCAGUCGAUGCCGGCAGGUGUGGCGUGUCGCGGGGCACCUGUCGGAGGAGCAAGACGGAAAUCUCCCCCAGGUCAGGAACCUUCCCCCCCCCUCACACACACACACACGAUCACCCGCUGGAGGCAUCGAUACCUGCAGCCAGGUUUGGUGCCUGUGGUACCCGGUGUGCGGCGGUUCCGCUGGCUGCGUGCGGCGGGGGGAGGGAUUCGCCAGGGGUGCGGCGGCGGCUGGGUACCGCCCAGUGCCUGUGAGCUAGCGCGGCUGACGCGCGGUACGUAAACACCCGCCGCCCGCAUCCCGCAUCCCGCACUCAGCAUCACCAUCAUCACCACACCGCAGCACACCAGGCAGUAAGUGGUGGGGGAGGGAUUCAAACCCCGGGGCCACAAACAGAUGGAGCUAAACCUCGACCUGCUGCAACCCGCUGCCCACAGGUGAGGCCACCCCACACGAGCCACCAGAGGGAAAGGGGGGGAAGAAGGGAGGAUAACCUUCACAGCUGGCAUCGAAGAAGAGAAGCUGGCUGGCCGACUGUCUGCACGUGCAUCUCUGACUUGGGAAGCGAGGCUGCCAGAGACUGCGCCAUACACGUGCCGGGGAGGGUUGGGUUGAGGGGGAGAUGUCUGCAGGCGACACGCGCACUUCUUGCUCUCAACAGGUAUUUCCUCCCAACAGGUGAGUGCUGGGUGAGUGCCGCGCCUUCAUGUUGGAGCGACUCUCUGUGGAUGUCGGAGUGCAUCCCUGACAGUUACACCGACAGCAAGUGCAGGAGACAGUGUCCGACACGACGACAACAAACUUUGACACCUGGCGAGUCUUGUGAUGGGUCACGUGCUCCGCGGUCCGCGAGCAUCUCCCGCUCCAGGUGCGGCGACAAUGGAGGAGGAGGCCGAGCUCCAUUCACGGAGUAGUCGCCGUCGUGCGCGUGGGACACGAGCACAACACGCGGGCUGAAGGACAAACACGCCUCGCCAUCACGUAUCGCCAGCACGCUCGAUACAAUCUACACAGUGUAACGACUUUGUGGGGGUGUACCGAUAUCACCUGUAUGGAUUCAUACCUACGCAUGUUUGCCAUGUGCUUAGCCUCAUAGACCGUGUCCUCGCAUGUAUAUAAAACUGAUCAGCGCCUGAUUCCAACCCCGUGUCACCUCGACUGAGCAAAGCUGCUUGCCUGGAGUUGUUUUUGACAAAGAUGUAGUGAUCCAGAAGUUGAAGUGAAGAUGGAGGAAUAACAUUUUGGCUUUCGUUCCUGGGAAAGGUCCUGUGGGCUGUGUUCAAGCUUUAUUCCUGACCUGAGUCCGGUGUUAACGGCCGGCUGUCGGCGCCCAGUCGGAUGAUACUUUGUAUCGUUCCUGCCCAAGACGCUGGCCAGGGUGCGGUGAGACUGAACACCAGCUGUGCAACAUCCGGGUCCUCGGCCAUGAGUCCGGAGGACAUGGAGGUUGUGGUGGCCAAGAUCAUCUCCUUGCUCGUGCUGACUGUGCUGUCCGUCCUGUCGGGGUUGCUGCCCCUGCGGCUGUUGCUGCACGCGCCGCAGCUGUUCACCGUGCACCGGACGACGGUGGACUACUUUCUGUGCGGCCUGCGCUGUCUGUCCGGCGGAGUCUUUCUGGCCACGGGAUUCCUCCACCUCCUCCCAGACACUCGCGAAAAAAUGGCCGCCGUGCUGCUCAACAUGGGCUCCAGGACCACGUACGCCGUCACGGAGCUGCUGAUAAUGGCAGGCUUCUUCCUGGUGGUGUUCGUCGAGCAGAUCAUCAAAUGCUUGUACAUCAAAGCCGAGCGAUCGGAUCAACUCCGCGCCUCUGGUGGGAGCGGGUGUGCAGACGGUGCUGAGGGAGGAGCUGGUGGAGGAGGAGGAGGUAACGGUGGAGGAUGCACCCGCAGUGGCAUCCCCGGGGGACGCUACCGUUUCUAUGACGACAAGGCCAUCAUUCCCUCCACGCUAGAAGAGCUGGACGAAGAGCUCGCCGAAGGAAGUGUCGAGGAGAACGGAGGAAUCGGGAAUGGGUACGGUGGGGGCGGCAGUGUCGAACUCCCUCUGGCGGGGGGCGUGACCAACGGUAACAGGGACCACCCUGGGUGCUACCCUGGAGGAGGUUACUCUACAGGAGGCGGGUACCCUGGAGGUAACAGCGGGACGAGCGGCGGGUGCGGAAGUUCCUCGGGUGACGACCACGACUCGGACAGCCUGGGCUCCGACACGCUGAUCAAAGAACACCACGGCGCGGACCUCGACCUCUCGCAACACGACCUCGAUGACGACCUCGAGCACAUCCCAGUGACGCUGCGGCUGAGCGUGCACUCGAUGAACCUGCGCCACUGCAGUCUGCCUGACCUCGGGGUCACGCGGGUCGUCAAGCAGCUGAGCCAGGCUGACCUGACGCGCCGCGCGCACUUCCGCUCCAUCAUCUACAUCAUGGCGCUGAGCCUGCACGGCAUCUUCGAGGGCCUGGCGCUGGGGCUGCAGAGCCGCGAGUCCAGCGUGUGGUCGCUGUGCUUCGCCCUGUGUCUGCACCGCUGCGUGCUGGCCUUCCAGCUGGGCAUGGACCUGUGUGGGGCCAGGGAGUCGCAGGGCACGGCCUUCCUGUGCAUCGGCACCUUCACGCUCAUCUCCGCCCUCGGCAUCGUCGCCGGCAUCCUCUUCUCCUCCGGCGCCAUGUUGUACACUGACGUCACCAUACCGGAAGCCAUCCUCCAGUCGCUGGCUUCGGGGACGAUUCUCUAUAUCGUCUUCUUCGACAUCCUCUUCAAGGACCUGCAGGGACGGGGCGACAUCAAGCGCGUGUCUUGCUGUUUCGUCGGCUUCGCGCUCAUGGCCAUCAUCCUGGCCAUCGUCAUGGGGAGCUAGAGGUCCAGGGUGUCCAACAAAUGUCUGGAGUCUGGACAACACAAUGUCUGGUGACCCCUGGACAGUCCACACCCGUGUUUGUGCUGCUAGUGUCGGGACAGGUGUUUGGACAGGUAACAGCCCUCGCUACCCCUCGUCAGACAGACCUCCAUACCUGGCAAAGAGGAACCACCCGGGACAUGAAAGGUAUUCCUCUCUGGGCGAGUACAUUCCACAUUCAGUGCCGCUGUACAGUUUCUACAUGCACGGAACUAUUUACAGUUUAGUUAAAUUAUUUCGCCGACAGUUUGUAUACUCGUGCCAAAACGUUUGUUAAUCGUGGUGCAGAUAAUUUAGACUGAAAGACAAACAAAUAAAUUACUUAUUUAUGUAUGCUGCGUCCAUGAACCCUAGCAUAUUGCUCUGAACACUUUUUGACAGUGAAACCUGUCCGCUAAUAUAUUUUGAUCCCUGCACAAUUUAUCUGCUUUCAUGAACAUUUUGUCAUUCCCUGGUGCUCAGCAGAACUUGUCUUUUAGUAUUUUAUUUGGUGCACAAACAGGUUUCCGACCGAGUCGUUGUUUUAUCUCAAGAUCCGACAAUUAGAGUUUUAACUAACCAGAAGUUAAGAUUGUUUAUUAAAUUCCUUUUUUUUAGAGGAGAUUCCCAAUAUUUAAUGUUUUUGAAAGAUCCGUACCAGUUCUCAGUUUGUUGACAUAAGAAGGUGCUGUGCCUCUAGUCAGGGACAAGAUCAGAAAUAUUUUCAGUAUGACAUGUUGUUUCCUUUACUAUGUAGCUUUAUUAUGUAGCUUGAUUAUGUUGCUCUAUUAUGUAGCUUUACUAUAUAGCUGGAUUAUGUAGCUUGAUAACAACUAAAACAAUCAACAUCGCUCAGUGUUGAUAGUUUUGUCUGUACACACUCAGCUACAGGAACUUGCUAUGUUUUACUUUAGUUUUACAGACAGGAGGUCAUGAAGGGAACUUUUGCUCUGUGCUACAGGCCGUAUCCAUGACAACCUGUCAGACAAACACUACUGCACGUUAGGUACAUUCAUUCACAUGACUAGAGACACAGGGAGGUGUCAGAACUACAUCAACACACUGACAGAAUACAGUACAGUCAGUGGGAUUCUGAUGGCAGAGUCCAAUCAUACUAAUGUAAUGGUUUAGACACCACCACCACCCCACUACACCAGUACACCACGUCACUACCACACUACACCACCUGUACACCACCUGUACACCACCUUCACACACUACACAGACAGGUGUUGCAGUGAUGUGGACACCAGUCCAAGAUGUUGAAUACAACUAUUGACCUCAGCUAGUCACUAGGAAGAAAUAUCUGAACACAAACAAAAGUUGUAAACAAAUAAUUCAUUGUAAACUAAACAAAAAUUAAAUAGUCUCAGGUUUCUCAACAGCAUGGCUGACAUGUUUCUUGUUGUGUUGUUCACAAAGUGUGUACAUCACACUGACAACAGAAGUCAGAAUGUGUACAUUGUACACACAUUUACAGUCAAUGCCUAAACACCAUGUGUGUGUGUGUCUCUCAUCUACAGUAGAGGUCAGAGGGCAUACACACCAUGUUUGCUACACAAAGACAAGAGAAGUGAAAAUACUGGAAUAAAUAUACCAUGUGUACAUCACAUCUACUACAGAGGUGAAACUACCCUGAAUAUUUACACACACUAGGUGCUACACAUAUCACAUAAAGAUGGUGAGAGUAUAAAUAUCUACACCCACUAGGUGCUACAUAUAUCAUGUAAAGAUGGCGAGAGUAGCUUGUUAUGACAAGAUAUACAACUGUCUCUGUACACAUCCACAACUAUUUUAUCUUGUUUUUCUGAAUGUCUAGCUAGACAUUGUAUCAAGGUGCUUUACAUGCUUACACGCCACGUGACCUGACAGUCGCUGUAACUGCUAACACAAUGUCCUCUGUUUACAUUUCAUUGACUGAUGGAUGAAAUGCGCCACGUGGUUUUGUUUGAGGGUUUUUCUCCUUUUUUGUGCUCUUGUAUUUGUUUAUUUUGUAAAUUUACAUGUUUACCAUUAGACGGACAACAUGAAAGUGUGAGGUGAACGAAAAUUGUUUUUGAUUUCCAUUUUUCCAUUGUGUCCAGCCAGGUGAUUUCCUCAUCAACUACCAUCGUCGUUUAUUUUCAAGGUGCUAGUCUCAGGUGGCCGUGACCGCGGGCUUGGGACGUGUUUUGAUUUUCCCUUUUUACACUUUUUUUGUCAAAAUUUUCGAGAAUCUGUUUUGUUUGUAGGGCAGACACAUCACACACACGUGGAAGUCAUGCUGCCCUGUGUUGUGCCAUAAAAUGAUAUUUUUUCUAGAAAGAUAAGAUCCGUCGAGCCCGGAGGUGGGGUCUUGCUAGUGUACGAGGCUGCCCCCGACUGGACAGGGCAAAGGUCAAGUACCUUUAGUACCUUUAAAUAAUUACACUUCCCUUCCUUCUUCAUUUGCUGAUUGCACUUGUCUGCUGCUGGUAUGGUGCUACCUGUUAAAGUCGACAAAUGAAUAUGUUAUGAAAUUUUCAGGGAUUGGAGAAGGGUAAUGUCACCAACAGUUGUACCCGAGCAUUAACGAUCUACCCCACUUAGGACAAUUAGCAAAAUCUUUGAUGAGUUUGCGGUUGGUUGCUGCCAGAAGCAGGAGCAGAGGGCAGUCGGUGAAAAGUGCAGUGUGUGUAGUCGGACUGUAGUCACACACACUUUCACAUCACUAGUAGUCACAAAAGAUGAUCAUCUGCAGCCAACAGACACCGGGCAGAUGACUGAUGACUGAUCUCCUGCCCUCGCGAAAGUCCUCCGCGCAUCAUGAAGUGAACUACAAGCACGUGGGUGAGGGGGGUAGGGGGGGUCUAUGUUUCAGAAAAAAAUAAAUUAUUCAUUUUAGAAUGCGCGGCGGUGGACUGAAAAUGAAAUGAAUGUGGGGAGUACAUUAGUUCCUUCCUUCCUGUCUGUGAGAUGUCGCUGUGGACAAGUCGGCCCGAUGGCUGGCCAUGCACGCGCCACACAAUCACACAACAGGUUCAGUCCCACAAUCUCUCGACCAUACUUUGUGACAGUUGUAUGGCACGUCUGUAUUUCAUUUGACAUUUGUUUGUUCAUUGAAUUCUACAUACUUGCAUAUACAAAGCAUGAUGCCAAGAGCCGGAACAAAAACCGACAUUUUGAAUUAGCUCUUGAUCCUAAUUACACUUCAUGUAGGUUGUUGUCGAAAGUCUGUCUGUCUGUCUGUCUGGACCACAGGCCGGACACAGGAUUUAAAGUCCGAGAGGAGACAAACUCGCUUGUACAAGGAUUUUC